UGCCAAAAACUAGAUGACUCUUACCCAGUGGUGAAUACCAAUUAUGGCAGACUGAGGGGGAUCAAAAAGGAACUAAGUAAUGAAAUCUUGGGCCCGGUAAUCCAGUAUCUUGGUGUACCAUAUGCUGCUUCACCAACAGGAGAACGUCGUUUCCAACCUCCUGAACCCCCUUCUUCUUGGUCAGAAGUACGAAAUGCUACCCAUUUUGCGCCAGUCUGUCCCCAGAAUAUACAUGGUAUGUUGCCAGAUGUUAUGCUCCCUGUGUGGUUUACUACCAACUUGGAAGUAGUUGCAUCUUACGUCCAAGAACAGAAUGAAGAUUGCCUCUUUUUAAACAUAUAUGUGCCUACAGAGGAUGGUCCCCUUGCAAAGAAACAGGCUGAUGAUUUAGGUGAUAAUGAUGGCGCAGAAGACGAAGAUAUUCGUGAUAGUGGACCAAAACCUGUAAUGGUCUUCAUCCAUGGUGCAUCAUACAUGGAAGGCACAGGAAAUAUAUUUGAUGGAAGUGUACUAGCAAGUUAUGGCAAUGUCAUAGUCAUCACAGUGAACUACCGGCUUGGUGUUUUAGGAUUUUUAAGUACUGGAGACCAAGCCGCUAAAGGAAAUUAUGGGCUUCUUGAUCAAAUACAAGCAUUACGAUGGAUUAGUGAAAACAUAGCUUUCUUCAGCGGCGAUCCAUUAAGAAUAACUGUUUUUGGAUCUGGCGCUGGUGCUUCUUGUGUCAAUUUGUUGACUUUAUCCCAUUAUUCUGAAGGCCUUUUUCAGAGAGCAAUAGCACAAAGUGGUACUGCUUUGUCCAGCUGGGCAGUCAGCUAUCAGCCAGCAAAGUUCGCAAGGCAGUUGGCCACAAAAGUUGGCUGCAACAUGACAGAUACCAUUGGCUUGAUUGAAUGUUUACGUUCUAAACAGUACAAGGAACUGGUUGAACAAGACAUACAGCCUGCAAGAUACCAUAUUGCCUUUGGACCAGUCAUUGAUGGAGAUGUUAUACCAGAUGACCCUCAGAUUCUAAUGGAACAGGGUGAAUUCCUUAACUAUGACAUCAUGCUGGGAGUAAAUCAAGGUGAGGGAUAUAAAUUUGUUGAAAACAUAGUGGACAACGAGGAUGGUGUUUCAGCCAGUGAUUUCGACUUUGCUGUAUCUAAUUUUGUGGAUAACUUGUAUGGUUAUCCUGAAGGCAAGGAUGUCCUAAGGGAGACCAUCAAAUUCAUGUACACAGAUUGGGCGGACCGACAUAAUCCAGAAACACGGAGGAAAACAUUGUUGGCUUUGUUUACUGACCACCAGUGGGUGGCACCAGCAGUGGCUACAGCUGACCUACAUUCAGGGUUUGGUUCACCUACUUUCUUCUAUGCCUUUUACCAUCACUGCCAGAGUGACAUGAUGCCAGCUUGGGCUGAUGCAUCUCAUGGAGAUGAAAUUCCUUAUGUGUUUGGGGUUCCAAUGAUUGGUGCUACUGAACUUUUCCCAUGUAAUUUCUCCAAAAAUGAUGUCAUGCUAAGUGCUGUUGUGAUGACCUACUGGACCAACUUUGCAAAAACAGGUGACCCAAAUCAACCAGUUCCUCAGGAUACUAAAUUUAUCCACACCAAGCCAAAUCGUUUUGAAGAAGUUGCCUGGUCAAGGUAUUCCCAGAAAGAUCAACUUUACCUGCACAUUGGAUUGAAACCACGUGUUAAGGAGCAUUAUAGAGCUAAUAAAGUCAACUUAUGGUUGGAGCUGGUUCCUCAUUUACAUAGCUUGAAUGACAUUUCCCAGUAUACUUCUACAACCACAAAGGUUCCAUCAGAGAUUACGAUCAGACCAUCAAAGAAGUGGUCUGUUACCACUAAACGUCCCGUGACAUCAGUCUUUCCUACUGUCAAACAGGAUGACCAGAAGCAUUCAGCUGGUCCUUUCUUGGUUGAUCAAAGGGACUAUUCAACAGAGUUAAGUGUUACUAUUGCUGUUGGAGCUUCCUUAUUGUUUUUAAAUAUCCUUGCCUUUGCAGCAUUGUAUUAUAAGAAAGACAAAAGGAGGCAUGAUGUUCAUCGAAGAUGCAGCCCUCAACGUAACACCACUAAUGACCUAACUCAUUCACAAGAAGAAGAAAUUAUGUCCCUACAGAUGAAGCACACUGAUCACGAAUGCGAUUCCAUCCAUCCACAUGAGGUUGUUCUGCGGACAGCCUGUCCUCCGGAUUAUACAUUAGCAAUGAGGCGAUCUCCAGAUGAUAUCCCUUUAAUGACACCGAAGACCAUUUCAAUGAUUCCAAAUACCUUACCAGGAAUGCAGCCUCUCCACACGUUCAACACAUUUACUGGGGGACAAAACAACACCCUUCCGCACCCUCAUCCCCAUUCACAUUCAACAACUAGGGUAUAGCCAAGCAAGGAUUUGAAGAAAAAAGAGCAG